ACACACACACACACACACACACACACACACACACACACACGCACGCACGCAGACACACACACAUAAUUCUUUUAUUCUAUUUCCCCUCCAUCCAGAUGUCCUCCUAGCAAGGACCCAGAUGGCCUGGAUACCCUCCCUAUAGUGGAGAGGUACUUUUGACACACACAAACAGACACAAACCCACACACAAACACACACACACACACACACACACAUACACGCACACAAAGCAGCAUGGCUGUGUUUUUCUCCCUCUCAGAGGGAAGAUUAACUCUCCUCAUUAGGACUCCCCUCGACUGGCCCAUGUCUCUCCUCCCCCUUCCUCCCCUGUCGGCCUGCAUCGCCGUCAUUGGCUGCUUCUCUCAGGACCACUGCUGACUGGAGCACCGUCACUACAGGACACAGGAGAGCAGGGAGGAGGUGGGAUUGGUUGAUGUUGCCACGGUAAUAGAGGAGGCGAUCAUUCACCAAAUCAUUGAGCAGGGGCUGAAAUGGAAAAAGAGAAUGAGUGGAGGGCUGCGGGAAGCGGGUUAGAGGGUGAGGGACUGAAGAGAGGAGAGGAGGGGGGGAAAACAAUAACAACAACAGCGAGGGAUUAGGCAUCGACUGAGCAGCCAGGAAGUCCAUUUAGGACAAAGCAGCGUUAAAAAAAUCCUCUCAGACUUUAGACCUGGUCGUCAUAGCCACGCUGCCUGUUGGAUUGGACAGCUGCUCAAGAUCUGUGGGAGAGAAAUGGAAGCACACCAAGGAAGGAUGAAAAAACAACACAGGUGAAAAUCUUAAAAGCAGCUCCUGGACAAUCUCUCCUCUUUGUUGCUUUGAUAUGUCACUCCUGGCGAGGAGUGAGAGGAGUGAGCCGGUCGGAGGGAUGCCCUGGGCACCGAAAUAGAAACGAGGGAGAGAGAGAGGGGCAUCGCCAGAUAUUAGGAGCAUGCGUCAGCACUAAGGCGCGAGAGGGAGACAACAGAGAUGAGCGAGGUGGAGAGCGAGGUGCAGAGCAAGGGAGAGAUUGAGGGUGGAGGUCAUUAUCCCGGCAUUAGACGGGGCGACUGAAAUAGAGCCUGACAGAUUUGUCACCCUCAAGCGCCACACCUCGGCAGCAUCAUCCCAGCGCUCCAUCCUGACUGCAGCAGCACUGAGGACCCACGAGGGAUUUCCUCACCUUCUGGGACAGUAACGAUCAAUCAUUUUUUUUUUUUUCGAAUGGUCCGUUUUUUGCACCGUUUGAAGAUAUCUCUGAAGAUUGGGACACACUGUACUUCUUUUUCAAAAAAUGGAUCGUAUUUAAAAUAUUUUUUACACAGGAGGAAAGAAUCCUGCAAACAACAAUGCAAAGGAAGAAGGAUUAUGUUCCUGCUGCAGUAAGAAUCGUUGUCUGCAGGGAGUCAUAUGUACAAAUCUGAUCACCUGGUCGGUCGGUGAACACAGCCCUGUACUCACUGUGUGAAAAUGAGGAAUUCAUUGUCCGGCCAUUUUCCUCAUAUGCUGACUCAACCUUAAAUGAGGAAGACAAUUGUGGACCUCGAGGCAGGCGGACUGAACGACUGGCUGAGUAAGUGCGUGCGCUGCUCGCUGAUAGGAGCUGUGGCUAUCUGAGCACUCUGAGGACACGUAGCCCCGGGGAAAGACCGGGCGGGUGGUGGAGCCCCAUGAUGGGGGAGACGGCGGAAUACCAGAGGCUGCAGGACACCUCAGAGCCCGACUACCAACGAAUGCCCAGCGAUGACGAAGAGAAACUGGGCAGUAGCAUGCAGUGUGAGGAAGGCACAGAAUGGCUGCUGGAGCUGCUGAUGGAAGUGCAGUUGCAGCAAUACUUCCUGCGGAUCAGAGAUGACCUUAAUGUCACACGGUUGUCACACUUUGACUACGUGAAGAACGAAGACUUGGAGAAGAUCGGCAUGGGUCGACCUGGGCAGAGACGUCUGUUGGAAGCUGUGAAGAGGAGGAAAGCCAUGUGCAAGCGCAAGUCCUGGAUGAGCAAGGUGUUUAGCGGAAAGCGCCCAGACGGAGGAGACAUCCCCCAGCAGGGUCAGCCGGCCUCCUCAUUUCGAAAGUUGUCCCACACGCCUCCACUGGGCCUGGGGGAGGGAGUCCUGGCCACACAGCCUGGUGGUGGUCCUCUCGACGGGCAGCAGCAAGCUCUGACCUGUCUCAUCCCUGAGAAGGACUUGACCUUGUUUGAGAAGCUCGGGGACGGCUCCUUUGGCGUCGUGAAGAGAGGGGAGUGGCUGACACCUGCAGGGAAGGUGCUGAACGUAGCUGUGAAGUGUCUGAAGACGGACGUGCUCAGCCAGCCCGACGCUCUGGAGGACUUCAUCUGCGAGGUCAAUGCCAUGCACUCCCUGGACCACCAGAACCUCAUCCGCCUCUACGGUGUGGUGCUCACACACCCAAUGAAGAUGGUGACGGAGCUGGCUCCUCUGGGUUCUCUGCUGGAGCGUUUGCGAUGUGUCCGUCCCCAGGGUCCGCCGUUGAUCCACACUCUGUGUCAGUAUGCUGUACAGGUGGCCUGUGGCAUGGCCUACCUGGAGCAGAGGCGCUUCAUACACAGGGACUUGGCAGCCAGGAAUAUUCUGUUGGCCUCGGCGCAGAGAGUGAAGAUCGGUGACUUUGGCCUGAUGAGGGCGCUGCCUAGCGACCAUGAGCACUAUGUCAUGCAGGAGCAUCGCAAGGUCCCCUUUGCAUGGUGCGCCCCCGAGAGUCUGAAGAGCAGAACGUUCUCCCAUGCCACAGACACUUGGAUGUUCGGUGUCACCCUCUGGGAGAUGUUCACACACGGCCAGGAGCCUUGGCUGGGUCUCAAUGGGAGCCAGAUUCUGCACAAAAUUGAUAAAGAAGGUGAACGCCUCCCAAAGCCAGAGGAUUGUCCGCAGGAUGUCUAUAACGUGAUGCUGCAGUGCUGGGCACAGAAACCAGAUGACAGACCAACUUUUGUUGCUCUGAGAGAGUUCCUGCUUGAGAGCAUGCCCUCAGACAUGUCUUCUCUGCAGGACUUUGAAGAGCCUGACAAACUACAGAUCCAGCUCAAUGAUGUCAUCACCAUCAUAGAGGGAAGGGCGGAGAACUACUGGUGGCGAGGUCAAAACAAGCGCACACUUCAGGUGGGGCCGUUCCCCAGAAACGUGGUGACAUCAGUGGCGGGUUUGUCGGCUCAUGAUAUCAGCCGGCCACUCACGAACAGCUUCAUCCACACGGGACACGGAGACAGCAACCCUGGCCGCUGCUGGGGCUUCCCUGACAGGAUCGAUGAUUUGUACCUCGGGAACCCCCUGGAUCCUCCCGACGUCCUGAGUUUAGAUCUCAGUGGGACUCGGCCCACACAGCUUCCAGGAAGAUCCAAAAAGGAGCCUCCUCCCCGGCCUCCUCAACCAGCCGUGUCAAUCAAGAAGCCUUGCUACGAUCUCGUAAAUGAGGAGGAGGAUUUUACCUCUGCAGGACUAAAAAGAUUCUCACUUCGGACGACUGGUUCCGUCAAUAGCUUAAAAAUGAAACCCGCUGCGUGGGUCUCUGCUUCCAAACAGGGGAAUAGCCGUCGUCCGGGCUCAGGCUACAAACCCAAUGGUGACGUGUCCCUCAUUGACUUUGGGGAGGAGUUCGCCCCGUCCACUCCCUCCCCCUCCCCUGUGGUAGAAGUUCAGUUCCCCUCUCUGGCGGAGCUGGCUUUGGAAACUGAGAACAUCCUGGACCGCACUCCUCCUCAGAGUCCGUCCAGAUCGUUGCCCCGCCCCCUUCACCCUACACCAAUAGUGGACUGGGAUGCACGACCUUUACCUCCACCCCCAGCCUAUGACGAUGUAGCCCAAGAUGAAGAUGAUAUGGAGGUGAGCUCCAUCAACAGCUCAGAGCAGCAGCUUGAAGAAGAGCAGAGCGAUGUCCUUAACCCUGAUGUGGCUCCCUCCUGUGGACAGAAGGGGCAGGCUGAUGCUCCCGUCUCCAAGGGUCCAGACAGAUCGGGCCUGGAGGACAACCUCUUCCUCCCCAGCAAGCAGAGCCAGGAUCUGUCCACAUCUUUCUCCCAGUCGGCAGAAAUCUUCCAAGAACUCCAGCAGGAGUGCAUGAGGAGGCUCAACGUACCAAAAGGAAGCGCCACCCGGUUGAACUCGCCAUCCCAGACAUCAGCGUUGUUUCCCCACGCGUCUCUGACCCAGGAACCGAGUGUCUUUCCCUCUGGUGAAGACAAACCCCAAAUACCCCCUCGUGUCCCCAUCCCACCUCGCCCCAUAAAAAGGGGUGACUACACAUCUGCUCGCUGGUCAAGAGAUCUUUCUCUUUCCCCAACUCAAGCAGAUGCCACAGAGGACAAUUCAGGACUGGUUCAGAACCGACCACCUCAGAUCCCUCCAAGGGACCCUUUGUCUCUGUCGGGCUCCAGGACUCCCAGCCCCAUGGGCCUAUUAGUGGGCUCCCCCCAGCAGAGAAUCUACUCUGUCAGCCCCACCACCAUGCAGGUUCCCCUUUUGUCCGUCCCCCCCAUACAUGGCUCCUACCUCUCCACCUCUCCAGGUAAACUCAUGCCGACCACACACAGCUUCGCCUCAGAUCCUAAAUAUGCUGCACCCAAAGUGAUCCAGGCGCAGGGGAAGGACUCUACCAGUAAGGGCCCCUGCAUCCUCCCUAUUGUACGUGACGGAUGUAAAGUGAGCAACACCCACUAUUACCUUCUGCCAGAGAGGCCGCCGUACCUCGACCGAUACGAUCGCUUCUUCAGGGAGGCAGAGAGCCUUCCUGCUAGUGGCAUGGAGGAAAGGCAUGUACGGCAAGCCAACACUGCCACCGUCAGACCCAUGGUGGUCAGCAACCACACUGUCCAGGGACAUGCCCAGGGACAGGGCCUUGUGCAGCUGGGUGAGCUGAAGGCUAAUUUCUCCUCCAACAAUAACAGCGGUCUGGGCCGACCACGGUCAGGGAUGAGGACAUCACUUAGUCUCCCUCGCGUCUGCUCGGAAGGGUUGACGGCACCAGCCAUCACUGCUUCCUGCACCAGGACAGAUGGGGGAGUGAACCCAGCGGACAGGGUCAAAAUGGUGCAGGAGGCGGUUCAUGGUGUCACGAUAGAGGAGUGCCAAGCUGCCCUGCAGAACCACAACUGGAACGUCCAGAAAGCUGUGCAUUACUUAAAGGUGGAGCAGCUGUUCGGUUUAGGUCUGGGGAGCAGGUCCGAGUGUCUGAAGCUGCUGGAGACGUGGGACUGGAACCUGGAAGUGGCCAGCACGCAGAUGUUAGAUAACUAUGGAUCCACAAGGCAAAGACGGUGACAGAAGUCUCAAGCUGCUCAGCUCUGAUUGGAACUUCAUCCUCAGUAAAACAUCAUCAGAGGAGGUGAUUCGAGUUCUUUCUGUUCGAAGCCUCCAAUCAGACGACUGUUAUUUGACUUAUCACCGAGCUAUCACAAAUUCAUCAUGGUUCAUUCAGGCUGACCAUGGACACAGGAAAGUAACUCGGGGGCAGCAAAGAAGAAUUUGGGACAUAUUUCAACCUUGUUCCAAAAACUCCGUCAUUGUUGCACUUAAGAAGUUGUCUAACGGCACCCAGCGUUUUUUAAGGUUUUUAAAGGCUAAAAAAGAGUCAGGCUGAAAUGUGUCACUCAAACACUUCUGUGUGCCACCAAACUGUCAAUCAUCACUGCGGCUCGUACACUGAUGGCCAAGUGCAGAGAGACACUUUGAUGCCUUUCUUUUGUAAAUGUCAUUAAACAGGUUGGGAGUGAAGCUGUAGAGGCCCCCAUGAGAUGAAGAGCACAAUAUACGCAUAAGCACUUUCUUAUUGUCAAGAGCUUGGAGAGUUUGACUGAAAACUAGGAUCAUAUUUACUGAUCACUGUCUCAACUAAAGCGUGUGCAGUGAAUGUACAGUUGGUUCUAUAAGAAUGGACAGCCUGCUUCGCAGCUGAGGAUCUGCAUCACUGUGUGAGGCAGGGGUUUCAAGAGCAGUGACAAAUAAAUCAUAGACUUCCACAACAUCUGUGCCCAACAAAUCAAUAUUUGACUGGCAGGAAAUAAUUUUGCCUGUUAUAAAGAAGUGUUUCAUCACAAGAUUGUCCAUAAAAAAAUUGCAUUUUAUAUAUAGUGAGGGAAGUUACUAGCAACAUGGUAUGGAACACUCUGUGCUAAGAGUCAAAGGUAAAACCAGUCAAGUGUUGACAUGAAUCUAGGAAAUGAUCAGAGACUGACAGUUUAUACUCAGUAUUUAAACAAUACAACUUUUAUACAGAGACAUGUAUCGUAUGUUAACAAAACAACAUUUUUAUUUUAUUUUAAUAUAUUUAUAACACAAUGCUUAGGAAUAAGAGAAGGCUGUCACGUCUGUGACUGGGCCGGUCAUUUCUUAAUUAAAUGUACUGUUCUGUUUGAUAUAGCACAAAUAAAAGUACUUGUCAGACUUUAACUAAAUUCAUCUUCUGCACAAAGCUGCCUAGGUCUUGAAUAUCUAAUAUGUGAGUCAUAUUCCGAGAAUUCCGGGCAAAUUAAGGCUUUUCAAAAACUGAAUCACAAGAGCAAAUCACUCACAUCGCUCGGCUCCAUUCACUCUGCCAUCAAAUGUUUCAAGGACAUUUUCCCAGUAAUACAGCGAAGGAUGUAACAACACAAAAAACCCUUCAUUAGAAUAGAAGCUGGUCAUUGUGCAGACUUGAAGCUGAGCUGCUGUGGUUUGGGGAGAUCUGGAUGCCAGUGCCUCUAGGAACCUGUCUGCCAGACUUGAGGAAGAUGCCUUGGAUCAGCGUUUUUUUUUUUUACAAAUAAAAAUGUGUUAGACAAAUCUAAGUGCUAUAUUAAAGGUCAAUUCCAGUAUUAUUCAUUCUAGGAAAUAUGGGUGUAAAUUAAUCCUACUUACAAAAACUUUUUUGAAUCAUUCCAGUAGAUCAUCCCUUUACAAAAAGUGUUUUAGGCGAUAAAUCCCUGUUAGAGACAUAUUAUGAACUGUCACAGUUGCCCCAUACAGUUGCCCCAUACGAUUAUGUUGUUGUCGCUGCCACCUUGACAAUCUACUGGACUGAUUCUAAAAGUUUUAAGUACCAUUCAUUUACCGAUCUACUUUAACAAACCUAGAGCUCAGGUUAAAAAAAAUCCAGAAAUUCCUCUUUAGGACUAGUCUUACAGUUAAACUAGUCUAGAAUCUCUUUGUGCAACUGGCGUCUGAUCUAUGACCACAGCAACCAAGUCACAGACCCCAGAUACAGCCUGUCCUUAUUCCUCAGCUGAAUACUCCUGCCAGUUCUGCAUUUUCUGCAUGUUUCCAGACUACAUUGGCAGCCAAUAACCUCAACACACUCAAAUUUUGCCCAAGGCACAGAUACCGUUCCAUAAUAAUCACUUAAAACCAUAAUUGUGUUAUUUUGGUGAGGAGUUUCAGGGGCAAUUAUUCAAAACUUCCAGGACACCAGUGUAUUGUCACAGUCGAGCAAUGAAUUCUUUAAAACUCAAUAUAGAAACCUUUGGGCCUCUGCUGCUGUUUAUAUCAUAUAAACUUUUUAUUUGAAGACAGUGAAAGAAAAGGCAAUAAAAGGCAUUUAAUAAGCUUUAACCUCUAAAAUUCACUUUUUAUCGGCAACACUGAGACAAUGUUUGAUCACACAUGAUCCCUAUGGUGCUUCUCCCUACAGCAACAAAUAACCAUCUUUGCCAACUGGUGCCCAUCCAUGUAUUUACCAUAUACAUGUCUAUGGCCCUGGCUUUGCUCCAAACCCACUAACCCCUUUGCAUGGCCUCAAAAAACAUAAACAGAAUGUGACACGUCAGAGCACAAUCUGUUUGGGCAGAAACAAUCGGGCAGCCUCUGAAAAAAGCUUCUGUGGAGCCACAACAAGCCUGUGUUUCUGCCCGAGUUAACUAAGAGGCUCAAAAAACAAAACAAAAUGAAACAAAAAAAGGUAAAGGAGGUAUUUAUAAAGGAUGUACAGGACUGAUUUAUACAGUCAGAGCUUUCUCCUGUGUGCAAUAAGGCUGCUGUAGAACCUGUGACCUCCCAGUCUGUCCAUCCAUCAAUGCCCCCCAGUCCUGAAAAUACCAUGGAGCUUUCUUCUCUUUCAUGAUGAAUCCUAGCGAUUGAACGCACACCGUUUUCAGGGUCAAGUGUUUGGUGACUCAGUUUUCCUCCCUGGGCAAUUCCUCCACUGAUCCACAGUCAGUUCAGACAUUUCCCUUCUGGCUUGUGUUUGCGUUAGAGCUGAGUUUAAAUCAGUGCAAGAGGACAACUGGAAGUGAGGGCUGCCUCUGCUCUCUUCACGUGUUGUUUGUCUUUAUACCAAGCUGCUGUAGUUGUUUUAGAAGGACCGAACCUUGUUGUGUUAGGAUCAACCCAAAGAAUAAUUGUCCUGUUGUGGUUUUGACCCUGAUGUUUGAAGAAAAUAAAAAACUCUGUUCAGCUCUUUGUUCGCAAGAAAAACAUGUUCAUUAGAAACUGCUACUUUAAAGUCACUUGUGUUGUUUUUGCUGUUUUUUUGCCAUUUCUCUCAUGUUUUGCUUCCCAGGAUGUGAUUUGUUUUAAAUGCCUACUGUACAGCUGGUUUUCAUUGUGUCUCUCCUCCUGGGUCGAUGGAAGAGUUUGAGAGAAGUAAAUGCUGCAGAAUUUAUAAAUGUAUUUUUUAUUAAAGAGUUAAUUAUUUUUUA